AUGAACCCGUUUGCGAGGCAUGGUCUCAGAACGAAGGGCAAUGUUACGGUGAACGCGGAUAUUCGAGCGAAACCACACAAAAAUGAGUUCAUUUAUCACGAAUUCGAUGUGAACGCCGAGUUGGUGAGCGACGAGCCGCUGAAAAUGCGCAUCCGCACCGAGUACAACAUGAGAACGUCGGCGCACUUGUUGGUGUUCGAGCCGUUCGUGCUCACGCCGCCGUCGUCGCAAUGCGAUUUCGCCUCAAUUUCCGACGUGUGCGAAUGCGUCGGAAGCUCGUAG